AUGGCAGCGAAAGCGGAGCUGGCCAACUGGACAGAGUACCCGGACGAGUUCGGCGCGCUGCAGCCGCGCAACUUGGCGCACAUCCACUCCAAAGCCUGGAUUUCGUCUAGCUCGAUCCGCGCGUUCUCCAGGACGCACGCGGCGACUGCGGACGUGUGCAAGCUCCACGAGCGCGUGCCCCCCGCGGAGAUGGGCGACGGGGGCAAGGCCGGCGGCUUCGGCCCGCAGAGGCACAGGCGCGUGGCGGCCAACGCCAGGGAGAGGAGGAGGAUGCACGGCCUCAACAAAGCCUUCGACGAGCUGAGGAGCGUCAUCCCGUCCCUCGAGAACGAGAAAAAGUUGUCCAAGUACGACACCCUGCAAAUGGCGCAGAUCUACAUCACGGAGCUGUCCGAGCUCUUGUCCGGCGUGGUGCGCCCCGAGUGCCGGAGCCCCCACGCGGGUUCCGAGGAGAUGACCCCCAGGAGGACCUUGAUCCACUCUCUCCGGCCAGCAGGCGACGGCCAGCUGCUGACCGGAGAGCAGCAGCGAGACGCGGCCUCUUCCAAUCCGCUGAUCAUACUCGGACCUGCAUCCAACCUGGACAACAGACCCGGAGGGUCUUCCCACUGCAGCGAUGGGGAAUCCUCCCAUCUCAGCGACCUGGAGGACGGUCAGAUUGGGAGACAGCUGGCAGAGAACGAUUACUAG